ACAGCUCCCGGGGCUGGGCAGACAGAGCAUCUUUCUUCCUCCUCCUCCUCCUCCUCCUCCUCCUCGGCGAGCCCCGGCCCCGGGACCGUCCCCCGCUGCCGCAGCCCGGGGAGGAAGCCGAGCGAGCCGGGAGACGGGAACCUGCCACCGAGCCCAGCCCGGCCCCCCCUCUCCUGUGCGCUGGAGCUUUUUGGGGUGGGGGGGGCCCUGAUCUCUUGAAGGGGGUGGGGGCUGUAGAGAUCUGUCCCCCCCCACCCCACCCCUCUUCCAGCUUUCCCCCCAGGAGCCCCCCCGAAAUUGGAAGGCAAGAAAUCUUCUCUGGGCAGAGGUCUGGGGGAGGGAGGGGUGGGAAGGGGGGCUCCCCCUGCUUUGGGAAGGGGAAGGAAAGCAGCAGAGUGCUUUGGGAGGGGGUGUUUGCUCCUUCACCCCCCCAUCCCCCCCCCCUUCCUCAGCCCAGCACCAGGGUGGGUUGUUUUGGUUUUUUUAAAGGAUCAUCAGUCAUUCCGCCUUUGACAGCUCUGAAUACUUGACGGGCAGCUGAGACAGCCAAAAGGACUGCUGGGGAGAAAGAGAGAGAGAGAGAAAUUGACUGCAACCCCCCGCCCCCCCCCCGCUUUCUCCAGGACCCCCACCCCCACCCCCCCAUCCACCAAUGCGUUCCCUCUUUGCAUUAGUUCUCUGGCCAGCACUGAAUCAGGGUUAACCAAGCCAGGGAGGAGGAGACCCCCACCCCCCACCCGGAGCCCUGAAUUGUUUGCAGCGCUUUGGACCCAGAGCCUGGGGUGGGGGGCGGGGGUGGGGGGGGAUCCCGGAUCCUCGCCCCCCAUACGCAGCCCACUUGCGAGCGAGAGCGCGAGGAAGCAGGACCCGGACUUGGACGGAACCGCCGGGCACCCAAUGGCACAAAGGUACGAUGACCUGGUGCAUUACCCUGCCAUGGAUGGAGUCGCUUUGCCAGGCUUCGGGGACCCUCACUCGGGUCGGAGUUUGCAGCACCACCCGCUGAGCCAGAGCUCGCCGUAUGGACCGGCCGGGGUAGCCCACCGGGCAGGCAUGCCCCCGGGGCUGGGGAAUACCGACGCCUUGAAGAGGGAGAAGGAUGAGAUCUACGGGCACCCCUUGUUCCCCUUGCUGGCCCUGGUCUUUGAGAAGUGUGAGCUGGCCACCUGCUCCCCCAGGGAUACCUCGGGCUCUUACCCCGGUGGAGACGUCUGCUCCUCCGAUUCCUUCAACGAGGACAUAGCCGUCUUUGCCAAGCAGAUUAGGACAGAAAAACCUUUAUUUUCUUCCAAUCCUGAGCUGGAUAAUUUGAUGAUUCAGUCAAUCCAGGUGCUGCGAUUCCAUCUCUUGGAAUUAGAAAAGGUACACGACCUGUGCGACAAUUUCUGCCACCGCUACAUCACCUGCCUGAAGGGGAAGAUGCCCAUCGACCUGGUGAUCGACGACCGGGACGGGGGCUCCAAAUCCGACCUGGAGGACUUCACGGGGUCCUGCGCCAGCCUCUCUGACCAGAAUAACUCCUGGAUCCGAGACCAUGACGAGACGGGGUCCACGCACUCGGGAACACCGGGGCCCUCCAGUGGGGGCAUCGCCUCGCAGAGCGGGGACAACUCCAGCGAACCAGGGGACUGCCUGGAUAACAGCGUGGCCUCCCCCAGCACUGGGGAUGACGAUGACCUGGACCGAGACAAAAAACGCAACAAGAAGCGGGGGAUCUUCCCCAAAGUAGCCACCAACAUCAUGCGGGCCUGGCUGUUCCAGCACCUGUCGCACCCGUACCCCUCGGAGGAGCAGAAGAAGCAGCUGGCACAGGACACGGGGCUCACCAUCCUGCAGGUCAAUAACUGGUUUAUUAACGCCCGGAGGCGCAUCGUCCAGCCGAUGAUCGACCAGUCCAACCGCACAGGUCAGGGGGCGCCCUACAGCCCCGACGCGCAGCCCAUCGGCGGGUACGUCAUGGACGGGCAACAGCACAUGGCCAUCCGCCCCCCAGGUCCGAUGGGCAGUAUGGGCAUCGCCAUGGGAAUGGAGGGCCAAUGGCACUAUAUGUGAGCUGCCUGCUGACGCCGACGCUGGGGGAGGUUUCCAGGAUAUGCCGGGCCCUGCCGGGCCAUUAUCCUGCCGGGCCCACGGGCACAGAACUCAUGCAGCAGCCAGGGUACAGGCACCCCCUCUCCCCCUAUCCUCCCCCUCCCCUCUUCCCGCCAGCCCGUGCCAUGGCCCCUCCUCCCCCCGCCCCCUCAUGCCCCCAGGCAGCAGCCCGCGACGCCCGCCCCCGACACCCCAGAGUUGGGGGAGGCCGCCCCAGAGCGGGGCGACCAUGGACACAGAGACCCCUGCUGCCGUCCCCGUCCCUCCCUGCCCCCCAUGGAUCCGCCCCCCUCUCCCGCCAUCCCCCCAGGAACCCCUCGUCCGAGCGGACAGAGCGGGCCGCGCUCGGGAGGAGACGAAGCCGGGCCGUCGAGCAUCGCAAGGCUCCGAGAGGCUGACGGAGAAGCCAGACUCGGGCACUUAACAGAACGUGAACCUGACCCGCCCGGCUGCCUGCCAAGGAGCUACUCGGUCGCAUUUCAGAGAAGGAUUCGGGGCUCUUUUGUGUUACUUUGGGGCUGGUUUCUUAUUUCCCUCCAUGCACGCACGCACCCCCCCCCCCACUCCCCCAACAGAAAGAAACAGCCUCUCUGUUCAGAUUUUCACCCCUCUCCACCGCCGUCGCUAAGCUCCGGAGUCUUUCGGGGCCACCGAAUCCGUCGGGUGUUUUGGUUUGGUUGGUUUUUUAAUUAUGAAUGAAUUAAUUAUUAUUGACGCGCAGAACGGGGAAGUAAAUUAACUUGUACAUUUUU